CGGUGGCACUUCUACCAUCACUCUGCUUCAGUUUUGUGGUGUUAGUGUGUGCAUCCAAGCAAUUCACGCCAUACACCCGUACAUGCACCAUCCUUCGAGCAAGCUUAUCACUUGCAAACCUGACUCCGCAGCAGCACUGCAAGGCUCCACGACUUGUAAUCUCACAACAUGAUCCCGCGCACACACGUAUUGGGAGUGAUCGGUGGCUCCAGUCUCUUUCACGCCAAGAGUUUCUCUUCGAAUCUCGUCGAACAGGUCGUGGAGACGGAGUUCGGCGCUGUUGUAUGCCACAUCGGCACGUGGCCAUCACGCUCGCAGGAUGAUACUACACCGGCACUCCAGCUCGUGUUUGUGCAGCGCCACCACGCGGACCCAGACGGCAAGUAUCGGCAGCCUCGUAAGAUCAACUUCCGCGCCAUCGCGUUGGCGCUCAAGUCUCUGGGCUGCGAAGCUGUAGUGGGUAUCUAUUCGGUCGGAUCCAUGACGCCCAAGGUCGGCGUGGGCCGCUUCGUGGUGCCUGAGGCCUUUUCAGCCCAUUUGACAUCAUGCAUGUGUCCCACGACUACGACGCACACGUGGUUCCUGAGCUCCACGAGAAGCUCAAGACCGCGCUGGUGCAGGCUCUCGCAGGUGGCGAUUUUGAUCCGUACGACGGGGGCGUCUACGUGCAAACGGCAGGCCCGCGCUUCGAGACCAAGUCAGAGGUGCGCUUCUUCGCACAAUUCGGCGAGUUCAUCGGCAUGACGGGCGCCAACGAGGCCGAGCUGCUCAAUGAAAUGCGUGUGCCCUUCGCCAUGUUCUCGAUCGUGGACAACCUGGCUAACGGCAUUGGUGAUCCGCUCACGCUCGAGGCUUUCAAGGCAACACAAAAGGCCAAUGCUGACCUCAUGGAGCGCGCAUUUGUGCACGUAUUGGACGAACUGGCGUCCACGAAGGCGCUGGCCUUGCUCACCACCACGCCUUGACCAAACAGAAAUAUUGCUUGGUAUUAGGAAAAAAAAAUAGUCGGCAGCUUCAUCGGUUGCAAUUGCUAACCUACUGAAGCCCCCGAAAGCAUAAAAAUUCAUAUAUACUUGGAUCGGCCUAGUUCUGACAAACCAGAUCGACAUGUAUAGAUGGA